UUGCUUCUUGUACUCUAAGCCUCUACAUUCAAAUUGAAACUAUGGAACUUCUUUCAAGCUGGUGUUCCGAUGGAUCCUUGCCGGAAAGUUACGUGAUGCCACUGGAGAUAAGACCCGGCGACCUCAUUGUUCCGCUGGAAAAAUCCAUCCCGGUGAUCGAUCUUCAGCAUAACGAUCGAAACAAUACCAUUCAACAAAUUCUGAAAGCCGGUGAAGAAUUUGGAUUUUUCCAGAUAAUCAACCAUGGAGUUUCCGAGGAUUUAAUGGACGAAACGAUGAAUGUUGCAGAGGAAUUCCAUGCAAUGCCAGGCGUGGAUAAGGAAAGGGAAUGCAGCAAGGACCCCAAUGGGAGCUGCAAGCUGUACACAAGCAGCCACGUUUAUCCCAGGGAGGAUAUUCACUUGUGGAGAGAUGCCGUGAUGCACCCUUGCCGUCCUUUGGAUCAGCACAUUCAGUUUUGGCCUGAAAACCCAACUAGAUACAGAGAAGUAGUUGGGGCUUAUUCAGUUGAGUUAUGGAAACUGAGUUGUAGAAUCUUGGAGCUUAUAUGCGAAGGAUUAGGGCUUAACAUUAAUUAUUUCAGCAGCAAUGACCUCAGUCAAGUCCCCAAAAUCCUGAUUAACCACUACCCUCCAUGCCCUGAACCCAGUUUAACUCUGGGAUUAUUCAAACACCGUGACCCUACCAUUAUCACCAUUCUUCUUCAAGGCCACAUAAAUGGCCUCCAAGUCCUCAAAGACGGUCGGUGGAUUGGCAUCGAACCGCUUCCUCAUGCUUUUGUGGUUAAUAUAGGCUUCCUUUUACAGGUUAUUAGCAAUGGGAAACUGAACGGAGCUGAACAUCGAGUGGUGACGAAUUCAAGAGAUGCUCGGACGACUGUUUCUUUCUUCGUGUAUCCGUGCGAUGAUAGCCUCAUCGGACCGGCGAAAGCUUUGGUUAAUGCAAGCAAUCCUGCAAUUUACAAGGCCUUCAAAUUUUCUGACUUCAUUAAUGUUUCCAUUCUCAACCAUGACGAUGGAGCUUUCAAGGAGCUUAUAUACGAGCCCACACCUUAAUACUCUGUAGUUCUC